AUGUUAGCAAAACCAGAAAUAGCCUGUGCCAUCAUUGAAGGUAUAUCAUCAGUGAGAGAAGAUGAAGAACUCCAAGAUUUCGUUGUUGAAGUUGAAGGCAAAGAAUUUAAAUGUCAUCGUCUGAUACUCAGCGCGUGUUCUGGAUUUUUCCGUGGUCUUCUCAGGUCUGGGAUGAAAGAGAAGCAGAAACAAAGAACAAAGCUUGAUGGCGUCUCUACGGAAACGUUCGCUGCAAUUUUAGAAAUUCUCUAUACCGGAAGAGACAAUCUGACACGUGACAACAUGCUAAGUGUAUUGAUAGCUGCAGAUCAACUUCAAAUAACAUUUGUCUUCAAUACAUCCAUGCAUUUUAUAACAAACAAUAUUAACAAUGAAACUGUCAUCUCAGUUUGGGAAACAUCGUCUCAACUAAUGUAUACAAAUAUUAUAGAACGGUGUGAACAGUUUCUUAUCAACAAUACAUCUCUGGAAAACUGGAAUAUUAUAUAUGCGACUUCAAAGAAGUUGGGAUCUGAAUUGAUUUUGUCACAUGCUCGAGAUUUUAUCAAGAAAAAUUAUGAACAAGUCAUCAAAUCCAAGUCAUUUUUGUGUCUUCAUGAAAAUGACUUACUUGAAAUUAUAAAAAGUCAAGAUCUGGUUGUAUCUACUGAAGACGUUGUCGUUUGGUCGAUUCUAUAUUGGGUCAACAAUGGAAGUCAAAUUGCUUCUGAAACGAUAGCUGGAUCUCUGAAUGAUAACGCAAGUAGUUUUCUCUCUAAAGAAAAGGCUGAAGAAGACGAACGAAUAAACAAUGGGGGAAAUAUUGCAAUCAAAACAAGAUAUUCAAAGGAAUAUCGCAAGGAAUUUCUUGGAAGUCUUCUGUCAGAAACAAGACUUUGUCUUGUUAACUCAUAUGAUCUAGAAAAAUUAUCACAUGACCCAUUAGUUAUGGAGAACGACAGAGCAAGGCAAAUCGUAAUGGACGCCGCCUUAUCUAAAUCUGCUGUAUAUCAACACGGUCAGUGGUCAAAAUCAGCG